CGAGAAAGUGUGAAGACAAAUUUUGUGUUCUGUGGGGAGCUCCAUAUAUAACUUGCAUGUCUGUGAGAAAUCUGAAAUACAGGGCCUUUUUCUGGAGCUAUACUGUUCAACUGCUUUCAACAUGUCUCAAGCUUUACCUCAUUUAUCUGAAAAUGCUCUCGAUUUAAUUGGAAACACUCCAAUUGUCAAAUUAAACAAAAUUCCCCAGAGCUUAGGUUUGAAACCUCAAGUCUAUGCCAAAUGCGAAUAUUUCAAUGCCGGUGGGUCUGUCAAGGACAGAAUUGCCAAAAAAAUGGUCGAAGAAGCUGAAGCCAGCGGUUUAAUCAAACCAGGCUACACUCUUAUCGAACCAACCUCCGGUAACACUGGUAUUGGUUUAGCCUUAUUGGGCGCCAUUAAAGGUUACAGAACAAUUAUCACCUUGCCUGAAAAAAUGUCGAAAGAAAAAGUUUCGGUUUUGAAAGCUUUGGGAGCUGAAAUUGUUAGAACCCCAACUGAAGCUGCCUGGGAUUCACCUGAAUCGCAUAUUGGUGUUGCCAAAAAAUUGAAUAAUGAAAUCAAAAAUUCCGUUAUUUUAAAUCAAUACACCAACCCAAAUAACCCAUUAGCUCAUUAUGAAUCUACAGGUUAUGAGAUUUACAAGCAAACCGAUGGUAAAUUGACUGCGUUAGUGGCUGGUGCUGGAACUGGUGGUACUAUUACUGGUAUCGCUAAAUACUUGAAAUCAAAGAAUCCAGAUAUCCAAGUUGUAGGCGCUGAUCCAAAAGGUUCAAUUUUAGCCUUACCUGAAUCCCUAAACAAUACCAACGAUUCUGCUGUCUAUCAAGUUGAAGGUAUCGGUUAUGAUUUUGUCCCCGAUGUUUUAGACAGAUCUGUGAUUGAUACAUGGUAUAAAACUGAAGAUACUGAGUCAUUUUACUUAGCCAGAAGAUUGAUCAAAGAAGAAGGUUUGCUAGUUGGUGGUUCCUCUGGUAGCGCUCUAGCUGCUGCAAUCAGAUAUAUUGUUGACACUCCUUCCUUGACUGAAGACGAUAUAAUCGUUGUUGUGUUACCUGAUAGCAUCAGAUCCUAUUUGAACAAAUUUGUUGAUGAUGACUGGUUGAAAAUCAAUGGUUUCAAUAACCUUGAUGAAUACGAUGUACUUAAUCACACUUCAAAGAAAUCCGAUGGCCAUAAAAGCAAAGGUGAAGCGACUAUUAAAGAUUUGAAUUUAAAGUCUGUUAUAUCAAUUAAAAGUGGCGCUAACAUAGUCGAUGCUAUCAAGAUCUUGAAGGAAAACAGUUUUGAUCAAAUUCCGGUUUUACAAGAUAAUAAAUUAGUUGGUUUAAUUACUUUAGGUAACAUAUUAAGUAAAUUAUCUUCCAAAAAGAUCCAACUUAAUGAUUUAGUUGAAAAAGUUAUGUUUGAUUUCAGAAAUUUGACUGGCUAUUUUACAAAUGAACACGACAUUUUAAAGAAAAAGAAAAGAAGUUUCCAAGUAUUCAGUGAAAAUACCAAAUUAACUGAUUUAGACAAGUUUUUCGAACACAAUUCUUGUGCUAUCGUAACUGAUGAGUCUUUAAAACCUGUUCACAUAGUCACAAAAGUUGAUUUGCUCUCCUACUAUGUUGAAGAAGGAUUAUUUUAAUUUCUAUCAAAGUACAUGAAAAUAAAUGGAAAUAAAUAGAAACAAAAACAAUAACCAAAAGGUUAUUCAUUUUUUUUUGUUUUUUAGUUGAUUGUUUUUUUCCAAUUUUAAUUAUUUUGGUUUUCAAAUAUAUAUAGAACAUAUAACUUUUUAAAAAAAAUUACUGAUAAAUUUUAAUAGAAUUCACUACAACUGGUUUUUAUCUGUUUUUUAUUUAUAUACUAUUGUUAUGAACUCUUUGAGCUACUUCCCAGUUUAUUUUUCUAACGAUUUUAUCAUACAAUAUGACCUCUAAACAUUCAUAUUUCCAAUAUUCAAAAACUUUCAAUGCAACGGAAAUAUGUUCAUUUAGCUCCUUUUCUGUAAAAAAAAAUUCCUUAAACUUAACAAAUA